UCAACGCCUUUGCGUUUACCGUUCCCUCCGUUUUCCCCUUCAGGGUUUUUGCUUCCGCUUUUACUCUCCCAUUUCUCUGGUCAGCCCUCUUCUUCUUCUUCACUUUCUUCCUCGAUUUUCUCGGGAAAGUGUCGGAAAAUUUCCGAAAUUGGAUGAACUGUUCGCUCUCUGCUUCAGGACGAGGAGUUUGUUUUCGCUUUGAGUUUGAAUUGGAACAGGGGAAUUGCACAUGGAUGUAGCUUCCUAUGCAUAAUCUUCACCGAAUUUUCGGUCGUAGGAAUAAUUCUUCGGCUCCGAUGGACCCGAGCCGGAGUAAUGGCCUCGCGACGCGGCGGCUCGAGCGCCGGGACGCGUUGAAGCGUGUCGACUACGACGCCGCGUCGUCUUGUUCCUCCGCCGAGGAUCUUUCCGUGUCUCCGCCAGCUUCUUCCCUCUUCACACGCUCUCUGGAUCUUCCUCCUCCGACCAGCUUCAGAAUCGGCGGCGGAGAGGGCGAGAUGGAUCGGAUUUGCCAGACGCUUGGGAUUUCGAGCCCCGAUGAUUUCGGUAUCCCUCUCGAGAUGUGGGAAGCGAGCAGGAAGCGCUCGUCGUCCGAUCUUCUCCCGAGGAUCAAAUCUAUGGGGCUCGAUAGUCAACAAGUUCCGGCGGAGGAGGUGAGUGAAGGAGGCUCUUGUCGUGCUGUUGCUGGUAGUUCCGCGGAUGGGGAAGAUACUGAGGCGGCGCGUCCCGAGUCGAGUAAGUUGAACGAGCCUUGUGAUUGUAGUACCUCUGGACGUGGUGAUUCUCGUGACGAGGGACUUGAAGGUGGUUCGAGUCAUGUAGGCCUAACUCGGACCGGCGUGGUCGAGUCCACAAGGUCUUCUAUCCCUGCUACCAGCGGCGGGAUCAAGGGCAUAAGACCACCACCGGUGCUGAAGCCUCCUCCGGCGAUGAAACUGCCACCUAUCGAUAUGAGUUGGUCUUCUUGGGAUAUCUUGAGGGACUUUGCACCUAAUAGCGUACCAGGACGUUUCCCCGAGGUGAAUCAGCGUCCGGUGUCCUCAUCUUCUUCUGACCAUAGCGAUGACGAAAAUGAAGCAGAUGAAGCAGUGUUUGAAGAAACAGAGAAGAGAGAAACAGAAGCAGAUAGACAUGACAAAGCUAUUGUUCUCCAGUCUGGAGACGCGGUUGACGAAUCACGCUUGUUCACUACAAACGACUGUGACACUCCGAGCACAAUGUCUAAUACUUCACCAAAUUAUCCAUCCAUGCCCAUCAUCACGGAUUGGCAAAAGGGUCAGCGUCUGGGACAAGGGUCGUUUGGCACCGUCUAUGAAGGAAUUGCUGGAGAUGGAGAUUUCAUUGCCAUCAAGGAAGUCUCGUUACUUGAUCAAGGAAGUCAGGCUCAAGAAUGCAUACAACAACUUGAACGGGAGAUCGCAAUUCUGAGUCAGCUUAACCAUCCAAACAUUGUGCGGUAUCGUGGUACAUGCAGGGAUGGAUCAAAUCUGUACAUUUUUCUGGAGCUUGUAAAAGGGUCCCUUCUAAACCUAUACAGGACUUAUCAGCUUGGGGACUCCCAGGUAUCUGCAUACACUAGGCAAAUUCUUUGUGGUUUGAAGUUUCUCCAUGAUCGAAACUUUAUCCACCGGGACAUUAAAUGUGCAAAUAUACUAGUGGAUACAGAUGGGUCGGUAAAACUUGCAGAUUUUGGAUUGGCAAAGGUGACGAAAUUGAAUGAUAUUAAGUCCUGCAAGGGAACUCCAUUCUGGAUGGCUCCAGAGGUGAUAAAUAGGAAGACGAACGAUGGCUAUGGGUGUUCUGCCGACAUAUGGAGCCUUGGCUGCACCGUGUUGGAGAUGCUGACGGGUCAAAUCCCGUACUCUGAUCUCGAACAAGUUUCAGCUCUGUUUAGGAUCGGAAAAGGCGUUCUUCCAUCAGUGCCUGACACUCUUUCGCCAGAGGCUCGGGAAUUUAUCUUCCGGUGUCUGAAAGUGAAGCCCGAGGAGCGGCCAACUGCCACUGAGCUCCUAAACCACCCAUUUGUCAGAAGGCCGUUACAACCAGCCUCCUCUGGCUCUGGCUCUGGCUCUGCCUCUCCACAUCUUCGUGGUCGAGUCUAAUUCCUUAUGUCCAGGAUUUCGGCUUUCCACUUCUUCAGAACUGAUAUUUUUCAGGUAUCUGCGAGACAGGGGAAGACCCGUUUUUUAUAAUCGGGUUUGGGAUUAGGACCGAUUCGAAUCCAAAACGUUUGGCACAGUUCUAAACUGCAUUCAGGUUCGAAGCCAUAAGACAAGAGCGGAAACUAGUUCUGUUCUUAGAUUUAUUUGUGUUGUUGUACACAUGUUUUUUGCAAUGUUGUGUUUUGCGUUGUUAGCCAAAGGUUGGAACUUUAAUAUGGGGGGCAGAGAGAAGAGUCCAUUUUCUUUCUUAGUGAUUAUUUUUCCUCUGUUAAAGAGGAGGGAGGAGGAAAAAAAAAUUGAGUGAGAUUGUUAGCUGGGUGUGUUUUAUUUUUAUUUUUUUAAUUUUUGUAUAUGCUUUGUAAUCUUGUAAUCAUCCUUGAAUCAUUGUUGAAUGUAUGUACUAUAUUAUAUUUAUACA